AUGGGGCAUCAUCGUCCAGUUCCUUUAACUCCCACUGCGGCAAUAACUGCUAAGAUUUUGGAUGCUCGUGCUGAUUUUCGUAAAACAUUUGAAGACAGUCUUGGCGUGGAAAUUUCUGACAAUCUAGAGAAGGGUGUUUACUUUUUAGCUCCCGAUAACAUCGCCGCAGAAGAUUCAUUAUAUAAAAAAAUUCAAUCUGUAUUAAAAGACGUUGUUGAUUCCGAUCCUGAACUCGCUGAAAAAAUCAGAACCGGAAAGGAUGAAUUGGAAACCUUAGAAACACACGCGAAGGCAUGA